GGGAGGUCUUCCUGCUUUACACACCGAACUGAUCCCAGAUGUAAUUCUUGACCAGACACUAUUUGUCAUUCCACGAGUAGUCUCAGUACAAUAAAGAUGGAUGAUGGAGGGCUUAGCAUGGAGGAAGAUCGGGUUCGUGCCUUAGUGUAGGUGUGUGUGUGUGUGAGUGUGUGUUCAAGGGCAUGCAUGCCUGUGCCAUGCAUGCCUGUGCCAUGCAUGUGUUGGUUUGGCUCAAGCAAACGCUGCAUUUGCCGCGACAGCAACGUGUAUUUGUAUUUCAGCCUCUUCGCUAAGUUUGACCAUGGGAUCUGGUGCUUCGACCGAUGCCAAGGGGAUGAUCGAGGGCAAGUCCCCCGAAGAGAUCGCCGCCGCACUGAAGGAGCUGCCGGCAGAUCAGUUGCAGAAGAUUUGGGCCUGCGUCGAUGCAAAGACCCCAUGCCCAGGGCCCGUGGAUUGCAGCAGCAUCACUGUGGUGGCCAAGGACUACAAGGGCAUGUUGGAACAACCAUCUGCGCCCAAGUACAAGGGCGCGCUCGCCCAGAUCUACGUCCGCAGCCAGCCCUAUGGAGGCUCUGACAAGAGCAACAAUGGCCACCGCUAUGAUUCCAUCCCGAUUGUGAACGGCAUGAUCAACGCUGGAAUGAGCUGUCAGUUGAUCCACUACACACAUGAGGAGCAUGACAAGUUCUUUGAACUUUGCAAGUCGUUCGACUUUAUCAUUGUUCGCUGCAACCCAGGCCAAAUCAAAGCCGAUGGUGGCGACCAGCAGAAGUUCGACGACGGCAUGCGCGUGCUCCGCAAGAGCGGAAAGCAGGUUUGGCCCUCCCCGGACGUUAUGGAGAAGAUGGGCGCCAAGGACGCUUUGUGCAAAGUUGCCACCAUGAACAUCGGCUUGGAGGAUACCUUGGCCUAUUACUCACCCGAUGAGUUCGCUGCCGGUUUCAAGAAGACCAUGGCCUUCCAGCCGCGGGUGAUCAAGCAGAAUCGCGGCUCUUCCGGCGAAGGAAUUUGGAUCAUCAAGCUGAAGGAUGAGAACUACUGCAAGGAGUACGGCGAGAGGUCGUGCGAGGACUCUGAGAAGCUGAUUCUCAUGGAGGCUAACGACAACCACGAGGAGGAGCACACGGUCGCUGAGUUCAUCGAGUUCUGCGUCAAUGGCCGCAACGACAAGUCGGGCGAAUGGACCUCCAAGGGCGUGGGCAAGUACUUGGAGGGUGGCAAGGAGGCAGGUGGCCAAUUGGUGGAUCAGCGCUUUUGCCCUCGCAUUGUGGAAGGCGAGCUUCGCUACAACCUCAUCGGCGACUCUUUGAUUGGCGUCAUCCACAAGAAGCCCAAGGAGGGAGGCAUCUCUGCCGUGGGAGGUCUUUGCUGUUUCCCGCCACGCGCGCGGGCGGUGGCCGCCGAUGCGGCCGUCUCGGUGACCGGAUUGGCACGAUGCUUUUGGCCUCUCCGUGCCUUCUCUGAGAAGGAAACAACAUCCUCGACCUGGAUUUGGCAAGUCUGCCGGCGAGUGUUUUUUAAUGAUACGGCGACCACCGAGAUCUACACCUUCUAUGGCCCGGAGGAACCACUGUUCAAGAGCCUCACUGAGAACUUCUUGAAGAAGGACAGAGACUUGCCCCAUGUGAUGCCUUCAUUGGACUUGGCCGAUGAGCCCUUGCCGCUCUGGUGGACCACCGACUUCAUCAAUGCCUCGCCACCGGGCACCGCUGCUGAGGAGGAGAAAUGGAUUGUGGGCGAGUUCAACUGCUCUUGCGACGAUACUCCCAAUGCCAGCUGGGAUGACAUCUCUGAGGAAGACAAGGCCGAGGUUGCCACGGUGCCGCGGACCGCGACGGAGCUUCCGCGAUGUAUCGACAUCUCCCAUCCAGAGAUGGCCAAGUUGGUGCCCAAUGACUACGACCGCAUCCGUGACGGGGCCGAGGUGGAAGUCAUCAACUCCGCGACUCAGCCAGAUAAGACAGCCCCCUUGGGCGUAAAGCUCACAUCGCCUCCCAAGGUGAAUUUUGCGGAGGGCUAUAUCUACCGCUUAGACCGCUUGGCGAGCACCGAUCAGACCCGACGGAUGCUUGAUGCCCUGAAGGUGAUUCUGAAAAAUCCAGUAGUAGAUCCUUCUCCAAUGAUUCCGCAUGAAGUUCUACGGAAGUUGAUUUGCAACCCCGUGGACAAAACGCUGAAGCAGGCGAAUCUUCAACACCUGCCCUUAGAGUCCGUGGACUUCAGUGGGAGCAAACAGAAGAUGGAAGGGCUGAGCGCCUUUCAGCAGGAGGCGAAACACGUCUAUGCACACCUGCUCAACAAGAGUCAAAUCGACUCUUUGGUGCUCUCCUCAACGCGUCGAUUGACACUGAUCCAAGGGCCACCCGGGACCGGUAAGACCACGACAGCCGUUCAGAUCGUCGCGGCAAUGGUCCGGUAUGGCCUUGUGGACCUGCCAAUCCUCGUUACUGCUGACAGCAAUACUGCUGUGGACAACCUGGUGAAGGGCAUCGGCAAGACGGGGGUGAACAUCGUCCGGGUGGGACGACCGGAAGCCAUCCGGGAAGAUGUUAAGAGCUAUGCUUUAGAUGGGCGCUGGAAGGAGCAGCGCGAGCAGAUGAUGCUGUCAAGGGAUUUUGGGUGUGGAGACCUCAAGAAGGCGGAGGUCGUGUGCGCCACCUGUAUCGGAGCCUCUGGCACCACCCUGGACAAGGUGCGUUUUCCCACAGUCAUCGUGGAUGAGUGUACGCAGGCUGCAGAAACUGCAGCCCUGGUUCCUAUUGCCCGGGGAUGCCAGCAGGCGAUUCUCAUCGGUGACCAGUGUCAGUUGCCUCCCACUGUGCUCUCGGAUGUUGCGGAGACGGAGAACCUGGGGGAGUCCUUGUUCACGCGUCUGGUCACACAAGGGGUUAGGCCGUGCCUUUUGGACACGCAAUACCGUAUGCAUCCCCUCGUGGCCGAAUUCGCCUCGGCGGCCUUCUACAACGGUCGGCUGCAAAAUGGCGUGUCUCACAUCCACCGGAAGCCGCCGGAGGGUUUUCCCUGGCCACAGAGGCAUAUGCCCGUGGCCUUCAUUAACCUGGAGAAGUGUGAAGAGAAGCGUGAAGGACUUGGUCGGAUUGGAAUCCGCUUGGAAUUUUCUGGACAUGGCUCCUCGUACAUCAAUCCUGCAGAGGCUGAAAAGACCAUGUGGGCUCUCUUGGAGGUCACGAAAAAUGGUAAGAUCGGCCCCGAGGAUGUGGGUAUUGUGACGCCAUACAAGGGACAAGUGAGGCUAUUGAAGAAGCUCAUCAAUGAGCGACCUGGCCUUCAGAAGUUCCGCAGUGGCCUUGAGGUGGAAUCUGUGGACAGAUUUCAGGGACAGGAGAAGGAGGUCAUCAUUUUUUGCGCGGUCAGAAACAACCGCGAAGGCAAGGUGGGCUUCUUGUGCGACUGGCGACGGUUGAACGUCAUGCUCACGCUCAUUUGGGCCGCGGCUCGUGGCGCCAUCUGUGGGGAGAGCGCCAAGGGGAACUGGGUGCCAAGGUAUCUCGUGGACGACCGCGAUGGCAUCUGGACAGUGAAGCAAGGCAUCAUUGAGGAAGUCCAAAAGGGUAUCGAAAAGAAGAAUCCCGCAGGCGGCAAUGAUGCGCCAGCUAAAGUAGAGCAGAAGGAGGAGGAUAUCCUUGACAGAAGCACUGGUUCGCAGGUGUACUUGACAGCUGUCAAGGUCUUGUCAGACCCCGCGGAGCUUCCGGAAGCCGACCCAGAGGCUGCGAAGGCCGUGUGCUCAGUCCGCCUCAAGAAGACGCCGGUGGACUCUGAACUCCUGAGCCGGUGGGUGUCAUGCCGAAAUGCCUCGUUGGGAGGAGCCUUGCUGACCAAAGCGCAGCAAACAGUGGUGGACUUGGUGCUGCGUGGUCACAAUGUCUUCUUGACAGGUGCUGCGGGCUCCGGGAAGUCGGUCGUCCUGGAAGCAGUGAACCACCAAGCCAAGCGUCAAGUGGCACUGACCGCGGCAACUGGUGGGGCGGCAUUGCUGAUUGGUGGAGAGACCACGCAUGCGUGGGCAGGAUUGGGGCAGGCCACAGGCUCUGCGGAGGAGCUGGUGCAGCGAGUGCGCUCGGAUGCUGCUGCCUGCCAUCGCUGGACUGGGACCACGUUACUGGUCAUCGAUGAGGUCUCGAUGAUCUCAGCGCGCUUGUUGGAUAUUCUGGACCUUUGUGGUCGCGCUGCACGGGGAACGGUUCAGCGUCCUUUCGGAGGCUUGCAAGUGCUUCUUUGCGGAGACUUCCAUCAGCUGCCGCCGGUGAGUCGGAAAGAGGGCUGGGCGUUCCAGGCCAAGGUGUGGGCGGAGGCCAUCAGCAUCUCCUUGGAGCUCACGGAGGUGCUUCGAACCGAUCCUGAGGAGCAGCAGCUCGCGCUGGCCUUGGAGGAGGUGAGGAAGGGCCAAGUUGGGCAAAGCUCCUGGCAGUUCUUGGAGUCUUUGGCAUCCAAACCCAGGCCGCGAGACCGUUGCCCUGUGGUGGUGGUGCCCACCAAUCGCCAGGCAGAUCAGAUCAACGAGGCAGCCUUGAAAGCCUUGAGCGCUCAGGCGGAGGUCCACUGCUACUCAGCGGUGUGCAUGGGCCAGCGGACGAGGAAGGAGGUGCCUCAAGAACUUUGCCUUUGCCAGGGCGCUGUAGUGGUGCUCACCGCAAGCAUCAGGGUGGGUCCUCAAGGUGACGUGAAGUGGGCCAACGGGCUUCGUUGCUGUGUCACAGGCUUCGUGGAACUGCCACGGCGGGUCUUCGACCACCGGCAUCCUGACUUCGAUCCGGUCAGCCGCAGCCUGCGUCAGUUCCUGCUGCGACACGAGGGAAAGUUGCCAAAGCUUCAGGCUUUGCAAGACACUGAUGUUGGAGAGCAGGUCCUCUAUCCUGUGCACUUCGGAGAGGACACGGGCACUGAGGACGGAGGUCUAGUGCAGUUGCCUCUCCGUUUGGGUUGGGCCUUGACCGCUCAUCGCGCGCAGGGCGCCUCGCUGGAGACCGGUGCUGUGGCCAUGCUGCGGGGGCUCUUCUCGCCCGGGCAGGCCUACGUCACCCUGUCACGGUGCCGGCGUGCGAAAGACCUGUGGAUCGAAGGCCUACCUGCCCGCAGCUCCGAUGGGCAUGUGGCGGCCUUUGCUCCAGAGCCUGAGGUACAGUCCUUUUAUGCGGCCAUGCGGGAGCUCAUCGACGACGCCCGCGUGCCCAUCCUAAGCCCGACGCCCAGCAUUGAGCGGAGGAGAGGAAGAUGCGCUUCGCCUGCCGUCCGAGCCGAUCCGAAACCGCCCAGGGGUGACCUGUGGCCCACGAGGUUCCAGCGCGUGGGGGCGGCUCCACGGCCCACCGAGCCGCCACCGCCGGUGGCGCCGCUGGUGACGUUGACCUUGCGCUGUGUGAAGUGGUGGCUUACCCACGCUGGCCCGGCCGCCGAGGAGUAUCGGAGCUGGGCGAUGGGAAAACCGUGUGGUCCAACGACGGUCAUGUUUUUGGCCGUGACUGCCUGGCUGUUGAUGGCAGUCCACGUGUGCUCCUUGAAGGAGAACCAACACGAGGCCUCAGUGCCGCGCCCCAGUCAGUGCCACGCCUCAGUGCCGCGCAAGGUCUCUUCGACCCAGCGCCCCAUGGCGCCACGCCCAGACGACGAGGCUCAGAGCACAAACCACAUCAGUUCCAUGUUCCAGAGCUCGGUGGAUGUUCGCACCCCGGGCGCCGAGCUUGGCCGCGCUCCUCUCUUCCCUGGCAGCAUUUUUCGGUGGGACGCCCUGGGCGUUCUUCUGCCAGAACGUUUGAUACCCGUAGGUCACUACCAGUCCUUGGAGUGCUUGGAUGGAGUCCUUUGCUUCUCAGCGGAUGGGGCUUCCUCCCACUUCAGGCAGUCUCCAAGCAAAGAUCUCGUGUCCUACAACACGGCUUUGAGCUCUUGUGAAAAGGGUGAGCAAUGGCUGCGGGCCUUCAGUCUCUUCAGCACUGUGGCGCCCAGCGUCAUCACCUACAAUGGUUGCUUGAGUGCCACAGCCAAAGUGCAGUUGUGGCGCGCUGCUCUCGACCUGCUCCAGCUCAAUCCUCGGCCCAGCCUCAUCAGCUUUAACACUGUGAUGAGUGCCACCGAGAGAGGACGGCAGUGGCACAUGGUCGCUGACCUGUACAUGCAGCUUUCGCAGCAGCAGCUCCAGCCCGAUGCCUUCGCUCACGCAGCCUUUGCAGCGCACACGCCCUGGCGCCGGGCGCUGGCGGCGCUGGCGCGGGCAGCGCUGGGACAGCACCGACAACAGUCUUUAGUCGCCUUCCUGGAGCUCGUUCAGAGCUGUGAGCAAUCCACCUCAUCUUCGUACAUCUUCCCAGCGCUCAUGGCAGAGCUAAGCCGGUUGGCCCUGCGGCACAGCCGGAGGUCUCCGCCUCUCACUGAGACCACCGGCUGAGACGGCAGAGGAUCUGAUCGGCAUGGUGGGGCGUCAUGGCUGAGACGACUUAGGACUCCACAACACCCCUGGACAUCAUCAUCUCUCUGUUUUUGUGAUGC